AUGGCAGCUCCAACAAGAAGUCUACGGCAUCUGUCGUCUUUCAGAACCACCAUAUCCCCGGCUUCGACAUUAAUUACUCCCAUCGGCCGCCGGAGCUAUGCUACAACGGACUCCUCAUCCGCCACGAAUACACCAGGAACUACACGGCGGAAACCUACGAAGUUCCAGGAUAAGCUGAAUGCAGGACCUUCAUUUUCAGACUUUGUUUCAGGAGGCCAAGAUGAACUCCUUGACCCAGCGGAAGCCUACGCCCUUAAGACCGCGCUUGUCGGCCCCGCCGGCCGCAAGAAGGAAAUGACUCGUUUGCCCGAAUGGCUGAAGACUCCCAUCCCAGACUCAAAGAAUUUCCAGCGCUUAAAGAAAGAUUUGAGAGGAUUGAAUCUGCACACCGUCUGCGAGGAGGCCCGAUGCCCCAACAUCUCCGACUGCUGGGGUGGCAGCGACAAGUCCUCCGCCACAGCCACAAUCAUGUUGAUGGGCGAUACCUGCACGCGCGGAUGCCGCUUCUGCAGCGUGAAGACAUCCCGCGCCCCCGCUCCGCUCGACCCGCAUGAACCCGAAAACACCGCUGAGGCCAUCUCCCGCUGGAGCUUGGGGUACGUGGUGCUGACGAGUGUGGACCGCGACGAUCUGGCCGACGGUGGCGCGCGCCACUUCGCCGAGACGGUUAUCAAAAUCAAGCAGAAGAAGCCGAGUAUGCUGGUCGAGUGUUUGACGGGUGACUUCCGGGGUGACACGGAGAUGGCGACAUUGGUCGCGAAGUCUGGACUGGACGUUUAUGCACACAACGUUGAGACUGUCGAGGAGCUUACGCCCUUUGUCCGUGACCGCCGCGCCACGUUCCAGCAGUCUAUUCGUGUGCUUGAUGCUGCGAAGAAAGCUGUUCCCGAUCUUGUCACGAAGACUUCGCUCAUGCUCGGUCUCGGCGAGACCGAUGACCAGCUCUGGGAUGCCCUCCGCCAGCUCCGUGCUGUCAACGUCGACGUCGUGACCUUCGGUCAAUACAUGCGCCCUACGAAGCGCCACAUGGCUGUUCAUGAAUACGUGACUCCUGAUCGCUUCGAAAUGUGGCGCCAGCGUGCCCUUGAUAUGGGCUUCUUGUACUGUGCCUCGGGCCCCUUGGUGCGAAGCAGUUACAAGGCUGGCGAGGCGUUCAUUGAGAACGUUCUCAAAAAGCGUCGUGCUGCCCCUGGCACCGCUGAGCGCACUGUGGAUAAGAGCGCUGCUAUCACUGACGAGGCUACCCGGUGA